AUGGCCUUGUUUACUUGUAAAAUAUUCCUGGCCGGCCAGGCCUGCAGGCCUGGUUUGACAGCAGACCAUGCAGGGGAGCUGACAGAGCUUUCCUGGUGGCUUCAGGACAGAAUCUCCUACGACCCCACCAGGUACCCCAAGUACCUGCCCGAGGCCUACUGCCUGUGCCGCGGCUGCCUGACCGGGCCACUGGGAGAGGAGGACCUGCGCUUCCGCAGCACCCCUGUGCUCAUGCCCACCGUGGUCCUGCGCCGCACCCCUGCCUGCGCUGGAGGCCGCUACCUGUAUGCCGAGGACUACGUGGCCGUGGCGGUGGGCUGCACCUGCGUCCCCGAGCAGGUCAAGGACACCGAGAGCAUCAACUCCAGCAUGGACAAGCUCGGGGGGAAGCUGCUGCUCAGCCCCAAUGACCAGCCCGCCGCCCCCUGA